AUGGGUGUAUUAGACUGGAUCUUGGUCAUCUUUCGAUGGGGACACGCGCUGGCGGCGGUGGCCUGGGUCGGUGGCGGCGCAUUCUACCUGCUGGUGCUGCGUCCGGCCAUUCGUCGUACGCAGGGGGUGCCGCCAGACACCGGCGAGGCCAUACGGGACGAGUUUCGUGGACUGGUGACCACGGCCAUUAUGGUGCUCCUGCUGACGGGCGCGAUCCUUUCGGUGGCCAGGCUGACAAGCGAGGCGGCGACGGUCUCUUACGCGAUCGUUCUCGGGGUCAAGAUCGCGCUGGCCCUGUACAUGUUCUACGCGGUGCGAAUCGUCAGGCGUGGCGACUACGCAGGGCAGCAGGAUGAAGGCAGCAAUUGGCUUCGGCGAGCCGCACGGCGGGUAUCCAGUCCAAUGGCGCUGCUGGUUAUUGGCAUAGCGGUCAUUGGGCUCUCUGAUGUGUUGGACGCCCUGAUCGAAAACGCGCCGGUUACCUGA